CCAACCUGCUGCUGUUACCUUGUCCUUAUACCCACGGCAACAUUCUAUUUUAAUAUCUUAGACUAAAUUGGCGAGAAAUGGUAGAAACUUUCGACGAUAUCUCGAGGGAAUAGGUAGCCUGUACCAAAUACAUUUAACCUUAGGAUCAAAUGUUAUAAGUGGGACACAUGGGCCUGUUAGAUAAACUGUCGGGAUGGCUGGGCCUGAAGAAGAAAGAAGUGAACGUGUUGUGUUUGGGACUGGACAACAGCGGGAAAACUACCAUCAUCAAUCAACUCAAACCCAGUAAUCAAAGCUUAUUUGGCCCACUCUCAGACGACUGGAAACAUGUUAGUCAGGUAAAGACCCAGACACAAGACAUUGUCCCAACUAUUGGCUUCAACAUAGAAAAAUUCAAGAGUUCGAGUUUGUCCUUCACAGUGUUUGACAUGUCUGGUCAGAGCAGAUACAGAAACCUAUGGGAACAUUACUACAAAGAGAGUCACGCCAUCAUAUUUGUCAUCGAUAGUGGAGAUAAAUUACGAAUGGUCGUUGCCAAAGAGGAGCUGGAUACUCUUCUCAAUCACCAAGACAUCCGCAGUAGGAGGUUGCCAGUGCUGUUCUUUGCUAAUAAGAGUGACCUGAGAGAAGCCAUGUCUUUAGUCAAAGUCUCUCAGCUGCUCUGUCUGGAAAACAUCAAGGACAAACCCUGGCAUAUAUGUGCCAGUAAUGCUGUAAAAGGAGAGGGUCUACUGGAGGGGGUGGACUGGCUACAAGAUCAUAUCAAAACAAUGAAGACUUGAUGAAAUAAAAUGGAUGAAAUGCUUAUGAUGAAGGAUCGUAAUGGCGAGAAGAGAGAGGCCUCAGUGACUACAACAUGGCUCCUCCAACUGGGCGUGUCAUUGGUUAUCUGAUGUCACUAUUUAUACGGUGCAAGGGAAUCCCUUGUUUCCUCUUUCUAUUUGUUACUCUGUCAUGAUGGCUGCUGUAUGAUACUGUUGUAAAGUGUUGAUGUGAAGUGUUGCUGAACAGCUUGUUGCAGUGUAGAGACCACCCUCAGAGAUUGUUUCAGUGUUAUUCAGUGUUACACCACGUGGUGUGUAACUGUGCUGUCUGAAUGUGGAAAGAUAUGAUUCAUGUAUUCUGUUGUAACAUUUUUACCCUCUACAUUUCUGAGCUGUACUUAAUGCUUGUUUUUCUAUGCCAUUAAAUGUGCUGUGACUGUUUUUGACACAUAA